UUAGAACAUAAAUAGUUAGCUUUCAUUUAAGAGAAAAACAACAAAAAGCCAAAUCCACAUCUCUUUCUCUCCAUCGUCACAUUGCGUCACCAUCUCCACCUUCCAAAUUCAAUGUCAAAAUACGCUCCUCACAUUGCGUCAUCAUCUCAAUCCUCCGUAUGAUCCAAAUCAAAACCUUAUGAGUUAUUACAACGUGACGCUAUAAGCUAAAUAGAUAUAGCUAUAAGCCUUGCAUUGUGGUGGUAGUUUUCAUAACAAGAAUUUAGGAUCGGAUGGGAAACUGCCAGGCGGCAGAAGCAGCCACCGUGGUGAUCCAGCAUCCAGGGAACAAGAUCGAGAGGAUUUACUGGUCUGUUAGUGCUCGCCAGGUGAUGGACUCCAACCCUGGUCACUACGUUGCGCAUGUCAUUCACUCUUCCAACCACUUCAAGCUUCUUCGUCCCACUGAUACGUUGCUUAUUGGCCAGCUUUACCGCUUAAUCAGUUUUCAAGAUGUGUUAAAGGAGUUUGCUGCCAAGAAAUCCGUUAAACUUGGCAAGCUGCUCAAGGACAGAGCUGCUCUAGGGGUUGAAAUGAAGCACAAAGAUCUCUCUAAUCCCAAUCCUUCUACUGCUAAGGUGGAACGGGGGGGAGAGGUUCAUGGAAUGAGAAGCAGCAGCAGCAGCAAGAAGAAGAAGAAAGGAAGUGGCGGUGGGGGUCAACAAUGGAGGCCAGCCUUACAGAGCAUUGCAGAAUUUGGAACUUGAACAAAAAAGCAAGUAGAAGUGUAGCACCAAGUCAGCAAACCUAAAUAUAUUGUGUUUUCACUUUUCAUUGUUCCAUCUUGUCCAUGUUCUCCAGUAAUAGUAUGUGUGCUGUUGGAAGAACUAUACUAAUGAAAUCAUGAGCUCAUCAUAAUUAAUAACCCUCUUAUCCUCA